AUGCAUUUCUCCUCCGCCGCAGCACUUGUCAUCCUCUCCUCCAUCGGCCUCACAUACGCUGCCCCAUUCACCAAUCCCCAAGCAGAGAUCGCUCGCCGCAAAGUCAGCUACCAAGUGGUCAAUGUCGAUGGAGACCCGACCAGCUCUGCCACUCCAGAAACUGAAACUGUGACCGAAACUAUCCAGUCCGUUACCACUGCGACGGGCACUGCUCUUUCACCAGUGACUGUCACCAUCACUGCCACUCCGUCCAGCACUCCCACCCCGACCUCGACUCCCCACUCUCAUGCCGCCCCUCCUCCGGGCGCUUCUUUCUUCCCUGCCCCGAGUUCUGGCUCUGGAUUCUUCCGCCGUGGCUUGAUGGCCACUGGUGAUCCUCUUCAGUUCGCUCGCGGUGAUGAGUCCUCGACGGCCAGUGUCACUGCGAUCCCUCUCGCUGCUACUCCCGUUAUCGCUCGGGACUUCUACAACCAGGACUACCCCAGUGUCUUCAGCUCGGCCACUCCCAGCUCGAGCUUCACUCUUCCCCCUUCUGCCAAUGCUCUGCUUUACUAA